AUGUUCCUGCUUCUGAGCCGCACUGUCUCGUUGUCAGUCGUCCAUAGAGUAACUUGCAGCUGUCCAUCGACACCAUCGAAGGCCAUCUUGGUCAGCUCCGUGCUAAUAAAACUUGCUAGAAAAAUUUGUGUUUCACACAGUAGCGCAAGCGGCCAAAAUACAGGAACCAUGCCCGAAAGAAGGCCCUUUGUACGGUUACCGACUGAUGUUUACCCCGUCAACUAUGGUUUGUGUCUGAAGCCAGACCUGAUCGACUUCACUUUCGAGGGCAAACUGGAAGCGCUGGUGGAGGUUACACAGUCUACCAACCAGAUUGUGAUGAACUGUGCUGACAUUGACAUCAUCACAGCUUCCUUUGCACCAGAGGGAGGAGAUGAAAUUAAUGCCACUGGAUUCAACUAUCAGAACGAAGAUGAAAAAGUCACCUUAUCCUUUCCUACUGCUCUUCAGAAAGGCUCUGGCAUGUUGAAGAUCGACUUUGUUGGGGAGCUGAAUGACAAAAUGAAAGGAUUUUAUAGAAGUAAAUAUACUACUCCUGCUGGGGAGGUCCGCUAUGCUGCAGUCACCCAGUUUGAGGCCACAGACGCCCGUAGAGCUUUUCCUUGCUGGGACGAGCCAGCUAUCAAAGCCACCUUUGACAUCACUCUGAUCGUUCCCAAGGACCGGGUAGCCUUGUCUAACAUGAAUGUCAUCGAUAAAAAGCCGUACCCAGAGGAUGAAAACCUUGUAGAAGUAAAGUUUGCCCCCACACCCAUCAUGUCCACCUACCUUGUAGCUUUUGUCAUCGGUGAGUACCACCACGUGGAGAGCCAGUCCUCAGACGGUGUAACGGUACGCGUCUACACGCCAGUGGGAAAGGCGGAACAAGGGAAGUUUGCGUUGGAGGUUGCAACUAAGACCUUACCUUUUUACAAAGACUACUUCAGUGUUCCGUACCCGUUGCCUAAAAUUGACCUCAUAGCUAUUGCAGAUUUCGCUGCUGGUGCCAUGGAAAACUGGGGCCUUGUAACCUACAGGGAGACCGCACUUCUGAUUGACCCGAAGAACUCCUGCUCCUCGUCCAAGCAGUGGGUGGCGCUAGUGGUUGGACACGAACUGGCCCACCAGUGGUUUGGAAACUUGGUCACCAUGGAAUGGUGGACCCACCUGUGGCUCAACGAGGGGUUUGCAUCUUGGAUCGAGUAUCUAUGUGUUGACCACUGCUUCCCAGAAUAUGACAUCUGGACUCAGUUUGUCUCAGCAGACUACACCCGUGCUCUGGACCUGGACGCUCUGGACAGUAGUCAUCCCAUAGAGGUGGAUGUUGGCCAUCCAUCAGAAGUAGAUGAAAUCUUUGACGCCAUCUCCUACAGCAAAGGAGCAUCUGUGAUCCGGAUGCUGCACAACUACAUAGGAGAUGAGGAUUUUAGGAAAGGAAUGAAUGCUUACCUUUUAAAGUUCCAACAUAAAAAUGCAUCAACAGAGGACCUGUGGAGCUGUCUGGAGCAGGCCAGUGGGAAGCCCAUCGCUGCAGUCAUGGGCUCCUGGACCAAGCAGAUGGGUUUCCCUAUAAUAGCAGUGGACGAGGAGCAGCAAGGUGAUGAUCGUGUCCUGAAGAUAUCUCAGAAGAAAUUCUGUGCCAGUGGACUCCAUGAUGGUGAGGAUUGUCCGAGCUGGAUGGUCCCCAUUAGCAUUUGUACUAGCAACGAUCCCACAUGCACCAAGCUGAAGUUGCUGCUGGACAAGCCCGAGACCUCGGUAACUGUGAGAGGCGUCGGUCCGGACCAGUGGAUCAAGGUGAACCCGGGCACUGUGGGCUUCUAUCGUAUCCAGUACAGCUCGUCUAUGCUGAAGAACGUUCUGCCAGGAAUCCGAGACCUCAGUCUGCAGCCUGUGGACCGGCUGGGCCUGCAGAAUGACCUCUUCUCCCUUUCUCGUGCAGGAAUGAUGAGCACAGUGGAGGUGCUGAAGCUGAUGGAGGCGUUUGUUAAUGAGCCCAACUACACUGUGUGGAGUGACCUCAGCUGCAAUCUGGGAGUGCUGUCUUCUCUGCUGUCUCACACGGACUUCCACGAGGAGAUCCAGGAGUUCAUUCGGGACCUCUUCACCCCCGUCGGUCAAAAGCUUGGCUGGGACAGCAAACCAGGGGAGGGUCAUCUGGAUGCCCUUUUGAGAGGUCUGGUUCUGGGGAAAUUGGGCAAAGCGGGACACAAACCCACUCUGGAGGAGGCUCGGCGGCGGUUCAAGGAGCACGUGGAAGGCAGGCAGAUCCUGCCCGCAGACCUCAGGAGCCCGGUGUAUCUGACUGUUCUAAAGCACGGAGACGGCGCCAUGCUGGACGCCAUGUUGAAGCUCCACAAGCAAGCAGACAUGCAGGAGGAGAAGAAUCGUAUCGAGCGUGUUCUCGGCGCCAUACCUGCUCCCGAGCUCAUUCAGAAAGUCCUCUGCUUUGCCCUCUCGGAAGACGUCCGUCCCCAGGACACGGUGUCUGUGAUAGGAGGAGUGGCAGGAAGUAGUAAACAAGGCCGGAAGGCUGCAUGGAAGUUUGUCAAGGACAACUGGGAGGAACUUUACAACCGCUACCAAGGAGGCUUCCUCAUAUCACGGCUCAUCAAGCUCACAGUCGAUGGAUUUGCGGUUGAUAAAAUGGCUGCUGAAGUUAAGAGUUUCUUCGAGAGCCACCCCGCGCCGGCUGCAGAGCGCACCGUGCAGCAGUGCUGUGAGAACAUCCUCCUCAACGCUGCCUGGCUCAAGCGAGACGCAGACGACAUCCAUCAGUACUUCCUGCUCCGCAAGGCUCCGCCCGUCUGAGCCGCGCGUCCCGCUGCCUACUCAAGCCCCUCCCCCUUCCCUCCAGCUUGAACCUCUCAGCAUCAUAGCUGCCCCCCUCCCCGCCCCCCAUCCCAACCAAUCAGAGGGAGAGACGAGGACAAUCCUUACCGGCUACAUUAAUCAACACCAAAACUAAAGUCAAGUCCUGAACAGAAGUGUGGGAGGAUGAGUAGCCUCCAUGUUUUAUCCCCAUCCUGUCUACAACAGGUCUGCAAACGCGUCUGCUCAGCUGGUGCUGUUAACCUGCAGCCCCCCGACAGGGUGGGGGUAACACCGCCCCGUCAGGACUGCUGUUAACAUGCGGCGAGCAGCACUAGCAUGGUACUACAAUGUGAACUGUUUAAUGCAAGCCUUUUUGCCAGUUUUAUUUUCAACAGCGUAACGGAGGAGUUUAAAGGAAGUGAUUGUGUUCCUCUGUGCACCUCCAGCUGCAGCCUGACCCUUCAUCAGCUGGGGUGGGUGGUUUAGGUGCUCGGGGAGUCCGGCGUAGCGAAGACGGGGAGAGGAGCCCGGCCCGGCCUCGGAGCGGUUCGGCUUGAUCUGCAGGAAAUAGGAAAGAAACGGGUGACUUGACUAAGGUCCGACGUGAUAGGAUAAACAGACUUGUUGAACCAGAGCUUGAUGAUUGGUUUAGCUUUCUGAACUCACCUCCCACCCUGGCUUGUGUGUUUCCUUACAAACAGCUGGUGUGUUAAAGUCCAACUGUUCCAACUGAGCAGGUCUACAUGCCUGGAGACAAGCUAGCCCAAACAUAGGAGCGAGUAUGAUGUCAUCAGCACUUGAACAGACGAGGAGCAGGAGUGAUGAGAGGAGCAGGUAGAGAUGAUCAGAGGAAAAGCUUUCAAAGGUCUAGAGAACGUUGAGGCAGCUGUGAGUUUUCUGAGACACCAAGUGUUUAGUCCCUGAAAGGAGUUUAGAUGAAUGUGGGAUUUCUGUGGUUUUACGUCAUCAAAGUGUUGCCACGGCAAUUGUAAAUACAAUCUAAUAAAGACUUGAUGAUACA